AUGAAUUCCACAGAAUUGGGUUGCUUAGUUUCAUCUUAUCAGCAUCGUAGGCCUUCUCUCUACGACUCUCAUAGUUUUUACUAUAUCAGUAAACUGGUUCUUGCAAUAAGUAGUGUAUCUUCGCCUAUAUCUGCAGUUGGAAAUUGUCUAGUGAUGGUAGCCAUAAUGAGAACUCCUUAUCUUCAUACACCAGAUAAUAUCCUUGUUGGGGCUCUUGCAGUCGCCGAUUGCUUAAUCGGAGCUGUUGUACAACCGAUGUUGAUGGCAGUGAUGAUCAAACCAGAUGUUUUUCUUCGUAUUUGUCCCUUCGUAACAGCAUACACACUCGUCGGGUUUGUAUGUUCUAACUCCGUGUCGUUAAUGGCAGCCGUCAGCGGCGAGAGAUGCAUGGCGCUGUUCCAGCCAUUGAGGUACAGUUCUAUUGUCACCAACAACAAAGCUUUCAUAACCGCACUCUUGAUAUGGUUUGUUUGGGUCGUUGCUGGGUGUUGCUCGUGCUUUGGAGGUGUCCUCUUCACAAUAGGCCAAACAUUCGCUGGUAUUGUUUGGUUUGCUUCGUGUAUUAUCAUCGGUGCAUCCUAUAUUAAAAUUUGUCUUCUUGUGCGCCACCAUCGCCGCCAAAUCCACGCCCAGCAUGCAGCCAUCUCCAGCGCUAACACCAACACUGCCUCACAAGCAAAGAUUGCGGUCACCAUGGGUUAUGUGAUUGGACUUUCUCUACUCUGUUACUUGCCUACAACUUUUGUUUGUCAGAUAUUUUUACACCACCAAGCGGCCUGAAAACGUACUUUUUGACGUAUUUUACUUACUUAUAGCAGUUCAGCUGAUGAGUAGCUGCUUAAACCCUAUUAUAUA